UACCUGAGCCAGCAUGAUAUUCUUCGCCUCUCUUUUCUUUUUUUCUCUCCUGCCCUCCGCCAGUGUAAGGCAUGCUGCUUGACUCUCCUCGGCCGCUAGUUCCUUCCCUCACGGUCCUUCGUACCCUUUGUUUGCAUUGACUAUACUAGGUGUUGUCGACCGUCUCGGCCCGCUUGUGGUGAACAGGGCUCUUUGGCCAUUGUAAGAAAAGGAACCACACAAAAAUAGCAGCAACCAUUGCCCGCCAUAUGAGAGGCAGUGAGUGAGUGAUCAUUGGGCACCAACCAUCGCUGUCAACAUAGACUCGUGCCUGUACCUUUUUGGUGUGACUGCCCAGGAUCUGGUGCAGUCUCGAUCUGAGCUGGGGCAACGAAUACUGGGCCGAUACCGUCCAGGGCUAUACCUUCCAUUGGCCGUUUACUGGUCUUCACGAUGUACUAUAUUCUCUACCUCGCAAGCCUCUGCCGACGCCGGCACUGGGCAGAUCCCGCCUACGAAUCCUAUGCUGUUGGGGGCGGCUACACCUGCAUCGUCCGAGUCAACAACCGGGAAUACCAGACGGAGGACGUUUGCGAAUCGAAGACUCUGGCUGAAGAGAAUGCAGCGAUGCGCGCGUACCUGAUUUGUCGCAACUUCUCUGUCAACGACGGCAUGUAUCCUGCUGGGCAUGAACACCGGGGCGGUCCCAUUCAGGGGAUUCCGGUCGCCAUUGGCACGGGAAGAAAGGGACGCUAUGGAGAUGAGACGGACAUGUCGACUAGUGGCGAGAGCAGAAGUGGUGGGAGCAGUCCGGAGAGUUGUGAAGGAAGAUUAGAUCGAAGAGGUGUUAGACCGACGAGGGCGCUUGCCUUUGGACAGUAGCAGGAGCUGGAGCAGAUGAUUUCCUUCGGGGGAUGAGGGGAUGGAAGCAGAGGGGAUACUGGGAUACAUGAUGAUGCUACGAUUUACGACAUGACUUGAAUACCAGAUAGAUCGAAAUGCUUUUCUUUGUUCAUGGAUAUUUGUUGGGU